UGCCUGCUCAUGACCUGCUCUCCCCGACCUUCGCGCUAGACACCGCGUAAACGUGUAUCAGCAAUGCCUCGAGGGAUUCCCAACGCGAAACGAGACGAGUCGGCGCUGCGAUACACAAACUUCCAUGUCCCGCUUGCGUUGAACCCCAAGCAUGUAGGGUCGACCUACCAGAAGUCGGAGUCUCAAACCUUGUGGUCGCGAAAUGCCGUUCGCGCACAUAGGACGAGGAUUGCCUUGGACGAGGCUGGAACGGCCACUCCGACAGAGCAGACUAGGAGGGGAUCUAAGGUUGUUGUCAUUCACCCAGGUUCUCGUUUCCUCCGGAUAGGACGCGCGUGCGACGUUACGCCCUUGACAAUCCCGAACGUCAUCGCGCGAAAACAUACUGUCCCUGUCUCGGAACCUGUGUAUGUUCAGGGAAUCUCGCGACCGAAGGAAGAUAGGAAACGAGCGACGCCCUCUACAUCUGCGUCUAACGGAGACGAAUACGCGGUGAAUGUAGCCUCGGAUGACCCAUUUGACACCAAGGUCGCUGCAAUUACGGUCUCACUGCGAGACCGUAUGCGGUUCUACAAACUUCGCGUGACUCCAAAUGCCGCCGGAAUCGCGACAACCUUCAACGAGCAGUUCAAGCCUGAGAUCAUUCCUGAGCAGAACGAUCCCUACAGUGUCGACUGGAUAUACUCAUCAGAUGAGCCCUACUACGUAGGCGAGGAAGCACUGCGUAUCGCAGACCCCGAGCGGAUGGGUUAUGUCACUAGGUGGCCUAUCUACGGCGGAAACUUCAACACUCGCGACUACCCUUCGAUGCAGCUCAUAUACAGUGAUGUUGAGACGAUAUUCAGGGAAGCGUUAAAGCAAAAGGGCAUCGAGGCAAGCGCAUACAAGGACUACUCUGUCGUACUCGUAAUUCCAGAUUAUUACGAUCGAGCGUACGUGGAAGCCCUCGUGCGAAUUCUCUUGCUCGACAUGGGUUUCAAGCAGUUCUGUGCCCAGCAAGAAUCUUUAGCGUCGACAUAUGGUGCUGGUAUCUCAAAUGCCUGUGUAGUCGACAUGGGUGUGGUGAAGACCAGUAUUGCUUGCGUGGAUGACGGGCUAGUCGUCGCCGACACCAGAAUGGUGUUGAGUAUGGGCGGGAACGACAUCACCGAGUUCCUUUAUGUCUUGCUAGAGAAGAUUGGCUUUCCAUAUCGCGACAUUGACCUUGCACGAUCUUACGAUUGGAACGUCAUGGAAGACCUUAAGGCGCGGCUGUGCACUCUCGCCGAGGGUGACGUAGCCUUGAACCUGUACGAUUUUUCUGUCAGGCGACCGGGGAAGCCCACAGAGAAAUACGGCUUGCGCGCAUAUGACGAGAUCAUCCUCGCACCAAUGUGUCUGUUUGAGCCUCGCGUCAUCGAGUUCGAGCGCAAGAAGGCCGGGAUGCGGUUCCUCAUGCGUGCGCCAGAUAUGGCAGAGGAGAUGGUCGAGCAGAGUUCGGAGAAGUUCACGGAGCGCUAUACACAAGCCAUGUUGAUAUCGACACAGCACCUGUUCCCCGUGCUAGUGCCUGCCCCUACUACGGAGCAGGUGCCGCUUCUCACUGCGCCAGUGAUCCAGACACCGGUCACGGAAGGACCGUCGCUAGCCGUCACUCCUGCAGCACCCAGUGCUUCUGCGACCGCUCCCGUAACACCUGCAGCGGAGGAACCUCCCACUGCCGCCGCCAGCAGCGUCAAGGACGAAGACGUUGAGAUGACAGAUGCGGCCGCCGCAAAGUCCGAAUCUGGGGCGCCAUCCGCAUCAGGCGCGGACGAGGACAAAGCGUCGACGAAGCCAGCCGAAGACACCCCCGCUCCCGCAGAGAAGGGGAAAGCCAAAGAGGAGGCGAAGGAGACACCCGCCCCACCCGCCGAGGCCCCGGUGGAAAUUAUUGACGUCGACGAGAUCGAGGUGAAGCCCGCGCCGCCUGCCGCACGCGGGCAGCCCCCACAAUCGCACCAGCCCCCACCCCCGCAAAUGAUUCCGUUCGGGCUACGCGCGUUCAAUAUCGACGUGAGCUUCGAGGCGAGCAAGCUCCCGCUCGACGUCGCGAUUUUCAACAGUGCGCGGGCGGCAGGUGGGGACGAGAAGAUACGGAAGUACCUCCAGGCGGUCCUCGUGGUAGGCGGGACGGCGCUCGUACCGGGGAUGGCUCAUGCGCUGGAGAGCAGGCUGCAAGCUAUCGCGACGCCGCUUGUGCCCAACAUGGAAAAGGUGCAAAUCAUCCCACCGCCCAAGGACGUUGACCCGCGCGCGCUCGCGUGGAAGGGCGCCGCUGUGCUGGGCAAGAUGGACGGCGUAGCGGAUUUGUGGGUAACUCCUGCUGACUGGGAGAUACUGGGUAUGCGCGCGCUCAAGGAGCGAUGCUUUUUCUUGUCGUGAAACGAUAGUUGCUGUACAGUUGACAUCGGUGCGGUAUUUGUGAUCAUAUUUGUAUGUAACAAUCCUGGAACUUCUGAGUACUCGACAUCUACCGGAAAGUUAUAGGCGACGAUAUGCGAGUGGUGCGUACAGGUAACUUGUAAGUGUAUGUUACGUGCAGCAGUUUAAUAUCAGGGGUUUAUCGUACCAGGAAUGGUUGGUUUGGGGCGGACAGGCGUAAGGCAAGGCAUAUAGACAAGCUCACAUCAACAUGAAAACACAGGCGCAUAAGCCAAAACGUAAGACACACAGCGAGCAAGAAACGUAACGACGGGAUUCUAUAUGCGCGUACGGAUUGAGAAUUAGAGCGUACAGUAUGGUAUGAAAGGAACGUGAUACAUGGCGGACGAUCUGCGGUGACAUCCUUUCCUCCCGAAGACGCAUGAUAUAGCAGUAUGAGGCCGGGAAACAUUCGACGUACGAAAGGCGCGACGCGGGCGUGCAUGAAGCUUGCGUCACACGGAACGAUUACACGCCGAGGCGGUCCUUGAAGGCGACGAAGUCGUCUGCUUGGAGCGUCGCCCACUGAUUCGCAAGCAACGUCAUCUCUGUCCGCCCUUUGCUGUCGCGCUCCUCCCAUUCGAUGUACGCCGCGCCGGUCCCCUUCCAAAGAACGAGUUUCUCGUCCUCGCAGGAGACAACCGCCGCAUCCGUCGUGUCCAUCCUUCCCACAUGCGUGCAUACCCCCGACCCUGCACUGCUGCUCUCCGGCUGCGGGUUCGUGCACCUGAUGAGCUCGACGAGCGCCUUUAUCGUGGUGUCGGCGAGGCGAUUCGGGGUGAAUGGGAAGGAAAAGAGCGAGCGCGGGAUGUGGUCGGACGUGUACGGCAGCUCGGCGCGGCAGAGCGGGCACUCCAGGGAGUCGUGCCAGUAGCCACAUCCGCGGUGCACGGCGGCGAAGCACCACUGGAGGAUGCAUAUCGCGCAGAACGAGUGGCCGCAGCGGCCCGCAGUGAGAGUGUAUGGACAGGCCAUGACUUCGUAGCAUAGCGAGCAUGUAAAGUGUUCCUCGAGUUGUGCGAGAGCCCACAGAGGCUCCGUCAUCACGCCUACGGCGGUCAACGUUCGCUGCGUGCGCUUGAGCAAGACCUUCUCCUCCGCGGUAAGGCGCUUCCUCAGUGAGGCGAGCUCCUUGGACUCUGCAUCGACCUCGCGCCGUUUGACGACGAGGCUCUGCACGCGUUUCUGAAUAGCUUCUCGCUCGCGCGAAAACCCCUCCACCGUGCGGUGCAUCGCGUUGCUCUUCUUUUGGACGGCAGCCUCACGCUUCUUGACCUCACGCUCACGCUCGCGCACGCCCUUCUCCAGUUCCUUCAGUCGCUGUGCCAGCGCCCGCAGCUCCUCGUCUUUAUCUACCGAGGGCGCACGUUUCCGCUUGGGGGCGCGGGGGGAUUUAGCAGCCGAGGCCUUGCGUCGUGAUGGCCCGGCACGAGAGGUGCUCACGGAGGAGCUGCGAGAUGCGCUUGAGGAGUCAUCCUCCGCUUCUACGAGCGUGGCCGUCGAGCGACCUCUGGAGGUGGAACUCGAGGAAGGCGAUGCAGCAGAUGCAGGAGCUCGUGAGACACGCAUGGAGGCACUGGCUUUGCGUUUGGCGGUAGUUGUUGCUACCUUUCCUUUCCUUUCUUUUAGUGUACGUGCACCUUUGACCGCUGCCUUCGCUGACGCCUUCGAGGUCCUCGAUGAGCGAGUUUUCGAUGAUGUUGCGCGCUUGGAAGUCGAGGCGUUGGGUAGCUCAACGCUCGCUGCCGCUUUGACCGUCAGCUUUUUGACUCUGGCGGAUUUGUUGCGCAUGGCGAGGCGAGCAGCAGGGCGUAGACAAAGAGGGAUUGGCGGCCAAAGGAUGGGAUCGAUGUCGUCCGCACAAUGAACCCGCGUCCUGCCCGCUAUAUCUGGCU